AACGAUCUUCGAUGCCUUACAGCUAAUCUUUCUUGUUGUUUCGGCACUGGUAUCGCAUCUUGCAAAGCCAUUCUGUGGAAACCUGCUGGGUUGAGAGAAUUUCCCACCUCGAGCUUCUCUGUGUACAACAGCGAACCAUGGGCUUUCACAUCUCAGAGGCACUCAUCCUCAGCCAGGGACCUGAUCUCGAAUGCACGACACUUGCAUGCGCGAGCGAGGGACUCGAUGUACUCUGUCGCCACGACGAGUCAGCUACCCAAACACUAACCCUUGUCAGCGGACGUUCACUCUAGCGCUUCCGAGAUCCGGAACUUCAAAUAGAAUGCUGCCAGGCUACAAAGCUCCACCAUCAUCAUCCGCCGAUACCGUCUGGAGUCGAGAGGCUCAUAACAGCGCCGUUUCGUACCGCAAGUACACGAGUGCAUUGCAAGCAGGCGUACUCCCAUGAUUUCGUCUGAUCUGACGUCGUUAAUGGGCCGCAAAUGAAAGGUCUCUAGCUCGCGUCGGGAGCCGAUGCAGGGCGCGAAAACAGUAUAACGGCAGCCGUUGAAACCGCCGGCUGUCAAACCGCACCGCCAUG